AUGAAGUCCCUCCUAGACUGCCCAGCGGAAAUUGUGCAUUCCAUCUUGGAGUGCCUGCCUGCAGCUAGUCUCCGCGAUCUUUGCCUUGUCAGCCGAGGUUUGCGCGAAGUCGCUGAGCCGCUGCUAUACGCCCAUUUGCUGUUGAUAUGGCUGGGAGGCGAUCCACCUCCGUCCUUCAUAAUACUUCUACAGAACCUCCAGCGACGUCCUCAGCUUGCUAAAUAUGUUCAAUCUCUUUCCUUGGCAGAAGGCUACACGAGGAAUGGUUGGCGUAUUUCCGUGGAUAGCUCCGAGCUAGCGAGUCUCAUCGCGAUAAUUCAAGACAUCAAUCCGCCAUUUCGAGACUUGUGGAUCCAAGAGCUGAGAAAUGGCACACCAGAUGCCAUUGUUAUGCUACUUCUAUCGUUGGCCCCGAAUAUAACGGACCUGCGUCUGACAGGCAAAUUCAGCGCCGAUAAUCGCCUCCUUGGUAGGAUGCUGAGAGCUUCCCUCUGCCAAACUGUGGAUUGCAACCUCCCACGAUUCCAACAUCUGCGGCAAGUGCUACUUGACACUCAAUCGUCCAUCAUUCGCCACCCGGAGAUGCAGAAUACGGCCGAUGCUCUCUCUCUGUUCUAUCUUCCCGCUGUCCAAUCGAUAACGGCUAAUAUCGACAAUCCUGCCAUAUUAGUGUGGCCAGCACAUGUGCCUAGCCCCUCUAACAUCACAUCAAAUGAGACCAAUAAUGAUAUCAUCAAUCUCGAUCAGAUUGCUGAAGAUCUAUCUUUUGUCAAGGAUACGUUGGAGAAAUUGAAAAUAUCAGGAGAUGUCUCUAGCGACCCCGAACUAGAUGAUAUUCCCGAAUUGGAAAUUCAAGGAUCUCUAAGACCCUUGAGCCGCUUUGAAAAACUGCAUAAGUUGGUAAUUUUGCAGCAAUUCUUGAUUGGAUUCUCUCCAGAUGACGAUCUGGGCAGCCUAAAGAAUCUGAUGCCGAAGAAUAUCCACCACCUGACAAUCACUGAUGACAUGGCAUUGCUGGAGCAAAACAUCUUAAGAAACCUCGAUCUUUUCAUGCUACUUCGGGACUGGUGGACAAAUCUUGAGACUCAUACACCUUAUUUUCAUAGUUUGAAGCUACAAAUCAUGAACUCGGAUAUGUGGAGCGCCGGGCGAGAACAUGACCUUGACGCCCUGUGCGCUCAAUUUGGUAUCCGGCUUGCAUAUCGCUUCCAGAAGCCUUUACUAGACUUCGAUUAAGAUAGCGAAUGGACUAGUGAAGGAAAAGAUUUAGCCGAUGUCCUGCGCCACCUUUAUACAUAUAAGUAAAAUCGGCGGCAGCACUUAUCGGUUAGUGGCUUGGCUCGAACUCCU